AUGUCUCUCAAAUACGGCCUGAACCUCAAGAAAAAGGCUCCCGUGCCUACUCGUCGAGCUGCCUUUGACGAGGAAGAUGGCGACGACGACGAUGGACCGGACUCAGGCCCAGCGGAAACCUUCAUAGAGGAGAUCAGCACAUUUGGCGGAAGUGGUCCAUCGAGACCAAAGCCUAGCCUGUCUGGCGCACCAAAGCCAAAAGGCUUGCCAAAGAAGGAUGAGCCCGACUCACGGCAAGAUCUCUCAGCAUUGAGUGCGUCCAAGGCGCAGGUGAAAGCGGCUGAAGAGAUAGAUGCAUCAAUCUUCGACUACGACUCCUUCCUCGAUGCGAAGAACACCGUCACAGAGGCGAAGAAAGCCGCAGCGAAGCAAGAUGCCAUCGACCGGAAGCCAAAAUACAUCAACAACCUUCUUGAUGCAGCAGCUAGGCGGAAACAGGAUCAGCAAGUAGCCAAGGAGAAAUUGCUGCAGAAAGAACGUGAAGCGGAGGGCGAUGAGUUUGCAGACAAAGAGAAGUUCGUAACUGGAGCUUAUAAGCAGCAGCAGGAAGAGAAUAGACGGCUGGAGGAGGAGGAGAGAAAGAAGGCUGAAGAAGAAGAGGAGCGGAAACGGAGGACCGGCGGGGGCAUGCAAGGCUUCUACCGCAGUAUGAUGGAUCAGACAGAGCAACAGCAUCAAGAAGCUAUGGAGGCCGCUGCAUUGGCUGAGAAGCAAGGUCUGAUGGCUGGAGAUGGUCUAGCGAAGAAGAAGACCGACGCAGAGUUGGCAGCAGAGCUCCAAGCUAAAGGAGUCAACGUACAUCUGAACGAAGAAGGUCAGAUCACAGACAAGCGAGAGCUACUGUCAGCCGGCUUGAAUGUCGCACCUUCCAGGGGCUUUGGUUCAUCAGGUUCCGACCACUUGAAGUCUUCAAAUCGACCAGCCCAGCAAGUCUUCCCAUCACGAAAUGCUGGUAGCCAGCAAGCGCAGCGUGAGCGACAGACUCGAAUGAUGGAGGAGCAACUGGCCGCUCAGGCCAAGCGUGCUCGAGAAGAGGAAGACGAAGAGCGUGCACGACUUGAAAAAGCGGCCAAAUCCACCAAGACUGACAAAGACGUCAGUGACGCCAAGGCUCGGUAUCUCGCAAGAAAGGCUGCCAGAGAGCGCGGCGAGGGUUGA